UAGCUCUGUUGGUUGCUUUUGCUAUCCUUGUCGCUGUGACUCUGAUGUACUUCCUAGGAUCCUUUGUAUCCAAGCUGCAGUGUACAGAAGAAUACUGCCAUCUGCUUCAGGGCAAGUGCUUCUUUCUUGUCUUUCAUCAUGAUAACAGCCCUACAGAAAGCACAAGGACAGAAGCAGGGAAACCUAAACGUAGACGACUUCUUUCCUUGGACACAUUCAGAGGAUUGUCCCUGACUGUCAUGGUCUUUGUUAACUAUGGUGGUGGAGGCUAUUGGUUCUUUGAACACACUCCGUGGAACGGUCUAACAAUUGCAGAUCUUGUCAUGCCAUGGUUUGUUUUUAUCCUUGGGACUUCAGUGGCUCUGGCUUUUUCUGCCAUGUUAAGAAGAGGAGUGAUGCGCAUACAACUCUUGCGUAAAAUGAUGUGGAGGACCAUUGUUUUACUGGUGAUUGGGGUCUUUUUCCUCAACUACGGUCCUGCAGAUGGCCCAUUAUCAUGGAGCUGGGCAAGAAUCCCAGGUGUUUUGCAACGUCUAGGCUUUACCUACUUCACAGUGGCUUUGAUGCAGACCUGCUUCAGUGUAAAGGAUGUAGAGAAAUAUCAGAAUGGUAACUGGUGGGCUCCAGUCAGAGACAUUGUUCUCUACUGGCCAGAGUGCAUAAUCAUAGCUGUUCUGGAGACAAUAUGGCUCUGCCUAACAUUUCUGCUCUUGGUACCUGGGUGCCCCAGGGGUUACCUUGGUCCUGGAGGGAUAGGAGAUGAUGGAAAAUACCCUAACUGCACAGGUGGAGCAGCAGGUUACAUUGAUAAGUGGUUGCUUGGAGAAGAUCAUAUCUAUCACUACCCUACCUUUAAGGAACUAUACAAAACUACACAGCCUUUUGAUCCCGAGGGUGUUUUGGGUACAAUCAACUCAGUUGUGAUGGCUUUCUUUGGUCUACAGGCUGGAAAGAUUACCCUAUUGUACCGUAAACAACCCCUGAGUAUUUUAAAGAGAUUUCUCAUUUGGGCUGUUUUGCUGGGCAUUAUCUCAGCCAUCCUAACCAAGUGUACGCAAAAUGAAGGAUUCAUUCCCAUCAAUAAGAACCUCUGGUCUCUGUCCUUUGUUACUACACUAAGCUGUUUCUCCUUCAUACUUUUAGGACUUAUGUUCUAUGUUAUUGAUGUAAAACACUGGUGGGGUGGACAGCCCUUCAUAUAUCCAGGGAUGAAUUCAUUCUUUGUCUAUGUUGGGCACUCAAUCCUGGGCAGCUACUUCCCUUUCAACUGGGAAAUGAACUCGCACGCUGAACUUCUCUUCCAGGAUCUGCUGGGCACAUCUCUUUGGGUCUUUGUCGCUUAUUUCCUCUACAGAAAGAAGUUCUUCUUGAAAAUAUAAUUUUAUUAAUAACAGAGCACUGAUUUUUUUUUUUUUUUUUUUGCCCAUGAGGCUGUGAAUGUUGUUUAAUAAGAUGCAUGUUUGGUAACAGUUAUUCAGGUGAUUUCAUGUAGUACGGAGAAUAAAGGAUGGUGACAUUAAUCAAGUAUUUUUUUCUGCAUUGAUAAGAACUCAAAUUGACAUAAGGGGCCUUUAACAUAUGCUUGAAACAAAAAUUAACUCUUCAGAAAGUCAGAAAAGGGUAGACAUUUCAUAGUUCACAUUGGGUGCAUCUACACAUGUGCUUUAGCGUGGAGUAGAAUAAUUAGAUCUUCAGUAAAAAAGUGUCGCUACUACAUGUGCGUUGGU